UUACUUGAGAGGUGCGCAAUGGGGAUGCCCGCAGUUACCCGAGACAUCCAUCCACACUCUCAAGUCUGCGCCGCCGCUUCCCCAGAGCCAGCUCGAGUUGAGCGUGUUUCCACAUUUCCCGUUUCCCGUCUCCCGUUUCCAACCGCUCUCACCUUCUCAACCCAUGAUAAUAAUACAGAAGAAAGCCAUUAUCAGAAACCCGUGCUCGGCCGCCGAGCACCGCCCCUUCGCUCUGAUAGCCUAUGCAAUCGAUGGCGUGGAAUCGGGGCUCCACCAAAUGGCAGACCCUGUUGGGGGGCAAGAGAAGGGGCGUUCAGGAAUCCGCGUCGUUGACCGGCCGCGAAGCCCUGAAGGUGCUAGAGUAGACCCAAUGCAGACAAGGCGGGUCGUGGGCUUCGGGGGUCUUCCGCCCAAUGACACGGCAAAAUACGCCUUCCGUGUGCUAAUAGGGCAUCGCUGUAUGCAUGUCCCAGGGCUGUCGUCUAGGUUUGCAUGCAGCGGCGCAGUCGCUGGCAGCCAGACGGUUUUUCAAGCCAUGGGACAGCCCGCUUUUUUGUCGCUGCUAGGUCAGCAGCAGGCGAAGGACGACGGCAGCCCCAACGCCCCCGCUUCAGCCGGGCAAUGGCCUUUGCGAGUCCCAACCGCAACCUUUCAUGGGAUGGGGCUUUCGCCCUGCCCCACCGCGCUUGUCCGUGCUCUUAGGUCGGUCGGUCGGUCUAUCGCGUCGCGCUUGCCGCUUGUCACCCUUGAGUGGGUCCGGGUUGAGAGAAGCACAAGGUCAAGAAAGAUCUGUUCUGUGGUCCGGUCCACCUUCCCAGCUAGUCGACAAGUCCCAGUCGGAUUGAGCCAAACAUGUCAACGGUGCCGGAUUCCAGGUUCCUUGGCUGCUUUGCUCGCCUCGGCCGUCCUAGGCUCGUCAGCGGCCGUCUGGGUUCAAGUCCUAGAAACCUGCUAGCAGGUGGGCUCAUCGACGUUCCCCUCGCCUGCGUUGCUGAGUCCCUGCGGUGAGUCAAUGGAUGUCAGUGGUAGACUGCUCUGUCUGAUCUGCCACCUGCAGCUUCUUUCUGCCCAAUCCAGCCAGCCUGUCUCUGAGGUGGCCAAGAGCAUUUUGAGAGCCCUGCCCUGCGAGCCACCUGACUUGGAGGCAUGAUGUG